CGUCAUCAUCGGCACCUGCUGACUGUCGGACGGGAGGAAAGAUGGCGUCGUCAAGGAUACGGACCUUCCCGCAGCGGAUCUCCGGGGCCAUGGCCGCCUCUCUGGGCCUCUUGGCUCUUCUCGUCACGGUGCGGAGCGACGAGCAGGUCCCGGUCAUCAUGUGGACCAGUGAAGGGAUCUCCCUCCCCCGCCAGGCUCCGCCCACAGCGGGUCACAUCGUCGGCCACCAGCAGCUCGCCUCCUACCUGGAGAAGGCUUUGGACGUCGGUCCCCGAAACGUCGUCCUGUUCCUCCAGGACAAGAUGAGCAUUGAGGACUUCACCUUGUACGGAGGAGCCUUCGGCAACAAGCAGGAUGGCGUUUUCCCCAACCUUGAGGGAGCUCUCCGGUCCUCCUCCUCGCCUCUGGUUCUGCCGGCUGUCUCCUGGCCCGCCUCCAACGCCGUGAUUGGUCAGCUGCAGGACCAGCUGGACACGUCGCCUCUCUACAUGGACCCCGACACCCUGAGCCAGCUGAGACUGAACGCCUCGUCGCCGGCCCUGCUGGUCUUCAGACUGCCUUACGGGACCGGGUCCGAUCUGCUGUCCGCCAAGGAGACCCUCAGUGGAAACGAUGAGGUCAUCGGUCAGGUGAUCAGCAUCAUGAGGUCCCAGGCUGUGCCGUACACGGCCGUCUACACGGGCCUGCAGCCGUCCAGGAAGGAGGCGGCGGCGCUGUCCGUGGAAGGCGGGCUGGGGGGGGGUCGCUCCCUGCUGCAGGCCAGAGGCGGGUACAAGGACCGCUGGAGGAACCGCGAGCGCCAGCAGUGGGCCAAGGAGAAGCGUGAAGUCUACGCUCCGGUGGAGUUCAAGGAGGACGACCGGACCUGCAUGCUGCUGUGGGCCAAAGGCCUGACGGUGGGCAUCCUGCGGAACAACCGCUGGGAGGAGCACGACCUGACCCCCGCCACCUUUGGCGAAGGCGUCAGUCCCAGACUGCACGGAUCCGACUGUGACAAGAGCAAAGCCAGGUUGGUUCUAAACUAUGAAAACGUCCUCGGCCACCGCAGCUUCAAGCUGGUCUUCGUAAUGAGCCAGCGCCACUACAAGGUGUCGGCACGCCGCUGGUUCACUCUGGACGCCGUGGAGCUGGAGUACGACGGCACCAAAGCCACGUUUAACGGCAGCCGCAGCAUCUACGCCCCCGCCGAGUACUCGUACCGCUGCCACUCCGUCACCAGCUUCCGCUGGCCGCUGCUCGUCCCGCGCUCCGCCAAAGACCCGGCCAACCAGUGGAGGGUCUCCUUCGACGACUUCCAGAUCCAGGGAUUCAACCUGAGCGGCAACGAGUUCUCGUACGCCAGCGACUGCGCCGGGUUCUUCUCCCCUGGCAUCUGGAUGGGUCUGCUGACCAGCCUGCUCAUGGUGCUGGUUCUGACCUACGGCCUGCACAUGAUCAUGCAGCUCCUCACCAUGGACCGCUUCGACGACCCCAAAGGCCCCGGCAUCUCCGUGCCCCAGACGGAGUAACUCCUGACUACCUGCAUCCUCCUUCCUCCGCACUGAUCCCCAUCAUCAUCACAUUCCACGCAGAAAACAGCAGCUCUGUCGUCCAUCUUUGAACAAAUGUAUGAGUGUUAACCUUAAAUGUGAAGAAUGAUGUUUAUGUGGUUAAACAGCCGCACAAUCUGGGUCCGCUGAAAUGGGACCCAUACGAAGGGAGAUACGUUCUGCUUAUUUAUUAAAUGGAUCAUGAGAUGUUAUUUAUUGUUGAUACUGCUGUGAUUAUUGUGAAGUUUGGGUUUACAUUUGUUUUGUUGUAGAUAUGUGGGACGAUUAAUGGAAGUAAAACCCUUUGGAUUGUGAGUUUUGUUGAUGACCUUCCAUAGUUGUGCUGUAAUGUUGCUGUGACUCCAAUAAAACGUCUUAAAGGUG